GAAAGUUGAAGAAGUUGAAGAAGUUGAAGCAGUUGAAGAAGUCGAAGAAAGCAGCCCAAUUUGGCGCCGGGGACACUUCCAACAUACUCCAAGGCCAACCCUCGCUCCCACGCGGCGGCCCACACUUUCAAAAAGAAUGGCCUCACCGUUUCUCACCCCGGGCUCCCACUCGCAGCUCAACCAGCUGGCCCUCCUCCACCUCCGCCGCGACCAAGCCAUCCCGACCGUGCUCCAGCUCCACGACGAAGACAACGCCGGCUACAAGGAAGGGAAAGUGACGACCACGCGCUUCGGCUCCUUCCCGCACACCACCCUCACCGGCCAACCGUGGGGGUCGCAGAUCAUCGCCUCGAAGGUCGACACGGGGUCGCGCCGCGGCCGCGGCCCGCAGAAGAAGAACCGGCAGCUGAAGCGCAAAGCGGACGAGCUCACCAAUGAUUCCGCCGCGAGUACGCCGGCGGCGGAGGGGGACGACAGCCACUCGGCCUCCCCGCAGGCCGCCGUCGCCGCGGCCAGCGGAUUCCUGCACCUCGUCUACCCGACCCCGGAGCUGUGGACCAUGUCCCUGCCGCACCGCACCCAGGUCGUCUACACCCCGGACUACAGCUACAUCCUGCACCGGCUGCGCGCCCGGCCGGGCAGCUCGAUCAUCGAGGCCGGCGCGGGCAGUGGCUCGUUCACGCACGCGGCCGUCCGCGCGGUCUUCAACGGAUACCCCACGACGCCGACGUCAACAAACCAGAGCGCCGAUGCACCACCACCCCCUUCAUCCUCAUCCCCCCCUUCACCCCCCAACCAGAAACGACUCGGCCAAGUCUCCAGCUUUGAAUUCCACGAACAGCGUGUGGGCAAGGUGCGGCAAGAGCUGAAGGAGCACGGCCUGGAGGGACUGGUGCACGUCACGCACCGGGACGUCUACCAGGACGGGUUCCUCGUGGGGGACGCGCAGACGGGGACGUCCCCCAAGGCCAACGCGGUGUUUCUGGACUUGCCAGCGCCCUGGCUCGCGCUGAAGCACCUGGUGCGGCACCCGGCGUCCGGCGCCGAGUCGCCGCUGGACCCGACGUCGCCGGUCUACCUGUGUACAUUCUCCCCCUGCCUGGAGCAGGUGCAGCGGACGGUGAGCGUGCUGCGGCAGCUGUCGUGGCUGGACAUCUCGAUGGUGGAGGUCAACAACCACCGGAUCGACGUGAAGCGCGAGAAGGUCGGGCUGGAGUACGAGAAGGUGCGCGGCGCCGUCGUCUUCCCCAAGUCCGUCGACGAGGCCGUCUCCAAGAUGCGCCACGUCGAGGAGAACUCCCGGAAGUAUCGCGAGUUGCAGCAGCAGCUGGAGGAUGAGGAUAACAUUAAUAAUAGCACCGCCGCCACCACCACCCCUGUGCCGGCGUCCUCGGGAGCUGCGGCGGCAGCGGCCGUCCCCGCAAAGGAGGACCACGCUGCGCCCUCACCCAGCAACAUCCCGCUGUACAAACAAGGCCGUCUGGUCCACCGCACCGAAGAUAACCUCAAGACCCACACGUCCUACCUGGUCUUCGCCGUCCUGCCGCGCGAGUGGACCGCGGAAGACGAGCGGAGAUGCCGCGACAAGUGGCCCCCGCACCGCGUCGAUCAGCCCAUGCAAGCCGACAAGCCCAAGGGAAGGAAGCAGCUCAAGCGCGAACAACUGCAGCGCGAGGAAGCCGAGGAACAGCUGCAGCAGAAGCAGCAGGAAGAGGAGGUCGUAGGAGAAAAGCCAGCCGAUGCCUCUGAAGAAGCUUAGUUAAUUUUCCUGCUCACCCACAAAAGAGAUUAUUAGGGUUUAUCUCCGCAGACGCGAUGUAAUCCUGUCCUUCAACCCCACCAGGGAUGUAGAUUCUCGAUGUACACGGAUACUGCAGAGGCGUAUGUCAAGCCCGGCCAUGCCGCAAGAGAGUGAGUGUGUGUGCUCGGCUUCCUGCGUGUGGGGGAUCGAUCGAAUCCAUUUGAGAAAGGUCUACAAUGUGUCAUCUCAUACCAUCAGAGAAUAAUCACGCACGAGGGGAUGAAUGCUCAACAGCCCCCUUUCUAGUUCUAUC